AUGGCAGACCGGCCGCUGCCCGGGCCACGCGCAGCCCUGCCCAGCCCCGCCGCCGCCCGGCGCGGCCACGCGUCGUCGUCGUCGUCGACGGAGCGCCAGCAGCGCUCGCUGCUCGGACGCGCCGUCCAGACGUUCCACCACGUCCACGGCUCCACCCAGCAGCUCCUGGGCUUCCUCGCGCUGGCCGUCACCCUGACCGCGCUCCUCGUCCUGGCGGGCGUCACGCUCACGGCCGCGCUGGUCCUGCUCAGCCCGCUCGUGCUCCUCACCGUCCCGCUCUGGGCGCCCGUGGCGGUCGUGGCGCUGCUGACGGGGGCCACCUCGCUGCUCGCCUGCUGCGCCGGCGUGGCCGCGGUCGCCGCGGGCACGUGGGCGCACCGCUACUUCACGGGACGCCACCCCGUCGGCGCGCACCGGGUGGAGUCCGCCGCCGACCACGACCACUACGCCCGCGGGGGCACGGUCGCGGACGUGGCCAGCCGAGUCAGGGGGUACUACGACGCCUACGCGCGAGAGUAUGGCGGGUACCCGCCGCGCUCGCACGCUCGGGUCAAGGACGCCGCGCCCGGGGCGUAG